AUGGGCAGGGUGAGUUCAGACAGAAUUGUCUUCUACGAGGACAAGAACUUCCAGGGCCGUCGCUAUGAGUGCGACAGUGACUGCUCGGACUUCCACACCUACCUGAGCCGCUGCAACUCCAUCCGGGUCGAGAGUGGGGCCUGGGUGGUGUACGAGCGGCCCAACUACAUGGGCUACCAGUAUGUCCUGACCAGGGGGGAGUACCCAGAGUACCAGCGCUGGAUGGGCCUCAACGACCGCCUCAGCUCCUGCAAGAUGGUCCACUUUACCAGUGGGACCCUGUACAAGAUGCAGCUGUAUGAGAAGGCCGACUUCGGGGGCCAGGCCUUCGAGGCCACAGAGGACUGCCCCUCUCUACUGGAGAAGUUCCGCUGGAGGGAGGUCAACUCCUGCAAGGUGUUCGACGGCUGGUGGGUUUUCUACGAGCACCCCAACUACCGUGGACGGCAAUACUUCCUGGAGAAGGGGGAAUACCGCAAGCCUGGCGACUGGGGUGCCGUCAGUCCUGCGGUCCAGUCCUUCAGGCGCUUCACUGAAUGA